GGGAGCAGCCCUUUGGUUGCUCUUAUAUGAAGAGCAGGAGCGAACAAAGCAACUCCCACUCACAACACAAUUCCCAUCCAUCAACAAAAUCCGAACUUUGAGAAUAAUUUUCCGCAAAUAAUAAAAGCAACUUGCUCCAACGACUACUUGACCAACCCCACGAACAACCACAACACUAUCAACGAACAGCUCCAGCUUGCGAUAUACCGCAGCAACAUCUACCUGAAACACCCCAACUUUUCAGUAAACACCACACAAACAAACCGCCAAAAUGACUCGUGGAGAGGCUACCCGCGCCAAGGUUUUCUUCAAGGGCGAGCACGAUGACUUUGUUGUCGUUGUCGACAGUGCUGAGGACUACCAGAAGUGGGUUUCUGACAGAUCUACCCCCCUCGCCCAGGUUGUCUCUUCUUUCAAGGUCUUUGCUACUCACCGCCACGGUCCCCACGGCAGACUUGAGGGUGCCUCGAAUGCCCUGCUUGAAAACGAGUUUGGUACUUCCAACGAGGACGAGGCCGUGAUUAAGAUUUUGGAGAAGGGCACACUGCAGGAGUUUGAGGUAUGUGAAACUUGAAGCGGUGUUUGCUUCUCUUCCUUUUCGUGUUCUUUUGCUGGUGGGAGGUGGAAUCAGGCAAGGCUCCAGCAUGUCAAAUAAGCCACUGUCACCAUCCGGCCGCCGCGGCCGCCUCGCCAGUUUCGCGGAUGAGGUCGCCUGUAUAAGCUUCUGCUACGCCGUUUGGCUUCAGAUGCGAGGAACUGGGCGGCCGGCCUGGCGACUCGCGAAACUGGGCUUCGCAGUGUGGUUUGCGGAGCCCCAUGCUGAGCCGCUCGGGUGCGAGGUGGCCGACUGGCCAUGUUGAGUCGCCAGCAACCAUCUCAUGUUUGACAGCGCUGGUGGAGGCUGGCUCAUAAAAUUUACUCCACGACAUCAACCAAACUAUACGAAACAUGAUCGCUAACGAGUCUCUUUGAUAUAGUUGCAAGAGCGCCAGGGCUUCAGAAACGAUGCCAACGCUAUCGGCAGCGGCAGAUAAGCAACCAACAUCUCACUUGCCACCUCCUGGUGAGAUCAAUCGCUGCCUGCUUCCUACCCAUUAAUACAUUCGAUUAAAUCAAUCCCAGUUACACCGAUAUUACUCCUGGACGAAAUCACGGAAUUGGGAUCGUUACAUUGGAGCGAGGCGAAAGGUGAUGGCUGGAUUGGUGAUUAUCUUGUGAAGGGGCGUAGGAGUUAUUUAACCCUAAGGGAAUGGGUAGCCUUUAGAUACCACGCCAAACAAUGGCAUGAUCUGAGAU